CCGCACAGCCCGCAGACCCAGAAUCGGCGGCAGCAGCAGAGCCUGCUGCUGCUGCUGCCUCCCUAGCAGGAGGCGGCGGUCGCGCGGAGGGUCGAGGCUAAAGAGCCGGCAGCGGGGCCCCAGGCGGCUCGCUGGGGGCCAGACUAUGGAGCGAGGUCUGCACCUCAACGCGGCUGCUGUGGCCGAAGAGGACCUGUUCCUGCACAAGAGCCUGAGCGCCGCCUCGGCCAAGCGUCUAGAGUCUGCAUUCCGCUCCACGCCCCCGGGGAUGGACCUUUCUCUGGCGCCGCAGCAGCAGCAGCAGCAACCGCCGCCUCCGCCACCGUCGCCGCUGCCACCGCCCCGGGACCGCCAGGCGUCCUCCUCCUCGUCGCCGCUGGGUUGCUUCGAACCUGCCGACCCGGAGGGGGGAGGGUUGUUGCUGCCGCCGCCCGGCGGAGGAGGAGGAGGUGGAGGAGGAGGAGGAGGAGGAGGAGGAGGUGGAGGAGGAGGAAGUGGCGGUGGAGGAGGAGGAGGAGGAGGAGGUGGAGGAGGCGGUGGCAGCAGCGGAGGAGGAGGAGGGGUGGGGGUCCCCGGGCUGUUGGUGGGCUCCACUGGAGUCGGGGGGGACCCCAGCCUGAACAGCCUGCCCGCCGGAGCAGCCCUGUGCCUCAAGUACGGCGAAAGCACCAGCCGAAGCUCGGUAGCGGAGAGUAGCGGCGGCGAACAGAGCCCCGACGACGACAGCGACGGGCGCUGCGAGCUGGUGCUUCGCGGCGGGGGGAGCGAGCCCCGGGUCUCCCCAGGAGGAGGGGGAGUGGGGGGACCCGGGGGCGCCAAAGCAGCUGAGGGCUGCUCCAAUAAUCACCACCACGGCGGCGGUGGCGGCCCCCCGGGGGGCCCGGGAGGCGGCGGGGGCAGCAGCAGCAGCAGCAGCAAGAAAUCCAAAGAACAGAAGGCGCUGCGGCUCAACAUUAACGCCCGCGAGCGGCGGCGAAUGCACGACCUGAACGACGCGCUGGACGAGCUGCGGGCGGUAAUCCCGUAUGCGCACAGCCCCUCGGUGAGGAAGCUCUCCAAGAUCGCCACUCUGCUACUGGCCAAGAACUACAUCCUCAUGCAGGCACAGGCCCUGGAGGAGAUGAGGAGGCUCGUUGCCUACCUCAACCAGGGCCAGGCCAUCUCGGCUGCCUCGCUGCCCAGCUCUGCCGCGGCGGCCGCGGCGGCGGCCGCUGCUCUUCACCCAGCUCUAGGCGCCUACGAGCAGGCGGCCGGCUAUCCAUUCAGCGCUGGGCUUCCCCCAGCCGGCUCCUGUCCGGAGAAGUGCGCCCUUUUCAACAGCGUCUCCUCCAGUCUCUGCAAACAGUGCACGGAGAAGCCUUAAACACAAAACAAACACACAAAACCUACCCAAACACUAGAGGAAGAAGAUCUUAUUGCUCCCCCUCCCCAUUUCUUCUUUAUUUUGUCCCCAAAUAGUUGCAAUACAUUGAAUCAACACAGCAAAAGAGUGAACCAACAAGAAGAAUCAGAGAGACAAACAGGACUUUGGCCGUAACUUCUGCGGAGUCUCCGUGGAUUUUUUUUUUUUUGGUGGGGUGGUGGUGAUAAAAGGGAGGGCAAUUGUGGAAUGGGGUAUGCGGAAUUCAUGGGGGAGAGGAGGGUGGCUUUAUUUUUCAUUAAAAAGUGGCGACUUCUAUGCCAACCAAGUAAUAAGUCGCCUUUUAUGGCAGAGGGGGUGGGAGUUGAGAAAUAGCAUCUCAAUUAUUAAGCAGGGGAGAGAUGAUUUAUUUAAAGCAAAACACUAAUCCUACUAAUAAUUAUGAAUUUGGUUAGGACUGAGGGGUUUAUGGGUCGGGGUUGGGUGGGGCGGCAGACCGAAUAUUCAUUCAGACAAAUCAGAAAGGGCACUUGAAAAUAAUUUUUGAUUCUGAGCCAGGAGAAAAACUUGAAAAGUAGACUUAUUUAAGCGGAAAAAAAAAGACUUACACGUUGCUAUGAAAGACUUGUAUUUUUUAUUGUCUCUGAACUCUAAUCCUGUGAAAAUGCAAAGUUUUAGGGAGAGUGACUUUAAAAGACUCGUGUGGCUGAAAGUAUUUUGCAUUUUUAAAUGUUUAUGUGCACCUUGUUACUUUCCACUUUGCAAUGAUGUAUAACAAUACAUGAUAUUUAUUUGUUAUUCUUCAAGGACCCUCUACACCAACAGUAUUUAUCAUGUGUUAAGGUCAUGGGUCUUAUGUGCAGGUUUUUUUUUUAUGCCUCUAAAAUUCUGUUUUAUGGAUUAACUUAUACUGUGUGCCAAGUGUUUAAAAGGUUUAUUUGCCAACAACGUAUAGACAGAAAUAUUGAUGUAUCAGAGCUGCUUAGGUUUAUGAAAGGUCAUCUGGAUUUUUUUUUUCAGUUGCAUCAUCCCUGUAUUUAAAUUGAGCUUUAAUAAAUUGCUUCAGUCCAAAAAUUACAGGAAAGGUGUAUUCUUAAUUGCUGAAUGAAUUGAUCACUUUUUGAAAGGGGAUUCUUCUUUGCAUUCUAAAAGGGAAAUAGCGAUUUACUUUUACAAGGCAUCACAGCAAUAGAUCCUAUAAGUAAAAACAUUGCCAAGCAAAUAUUUUUCCAGGCUGUGCUGUGCAUUUUUAGAAGGUCUAAUUUAAUUCCUUUUAAUAUGUAUAAAACUUAUUUUAACUGUGGAAGAUUAUUUACGUUCACAGACGUUUGGUUUGCCUAAGGUGUGAAUUUUUUGUUAUUUUUCUAAAAAAUAAUAAAAUAAUAAUAAAAUAAAACUAAGGAAGAGCAAGAAAAAGCUAUUUAUCCAAAGUGAGCUUUCAGUUUUAGUUUGCAUGGCUGGGUACCUGCCUCUCUGCCACUUGAAAAUCAAGAAAAUCUCUUAAAAAAAAAUGAGCCCUGCUAUUUUCCAUUCCUUACAGAUAAUGCAAACUCAGUCUGUCUGUCAAGAGGAUGGCAAACUAGGAGUCAUGAUGGCUCUGUUGGCAGGUCGUGGUUGUGUAAAGAGUGAUAUAUAUUAAAUAGGUCAAUCAGAAUAUGACAGCUAUGUAUGAUCAUUUGUAUGUGUAUCUAUGUCAGAAAGAAUCUUUAUUAAAAUAUUUUGAACAAACA